GUGGGGGGUUGUGAAUUUGUUCUCUGUAUUACCUAAUCCAGCUAACACAGCAUCACACACUUUCACCAUCUGUCACCAUUCACAUCGGGAGUCAGCUGCAGGGAAGGACGGCUACUGGUGCGGGUUCUGUCCGACUGGUCUGGUCAGGAGGCUGGGUGCCUUCUGCAGCCUUGGCACUGCGCCUGUCUGGGUGCAGGUGGGACGCAGAGAUCUGAUUUUACUGAGCAGAUCGCUGCCUGAUCGUACUGUGCGUUGAAUAAGGAGCAGAAAAGAUGCGGAGGAGGGAGCGACUCAGUGAUGCGGUGACACAUGGCUGCCUGGACCCUCUGACUGCGGUCCCCACGCUUCUUCACUCCAGCGGAACAAGAAAAGGCUGAGUGAGGCUGCCCGGAGGCUGACGGAUCAGGACAGACUGUGACUGGAGCUGUAAGGAGCGAAAACCGAGCCGGUCGCAUCACCUCGAGUUGCAGAGGAUUAGUGUCACCGCCGAGCCGCCGUAGUGAUGGGAGAAAAUAUGUCCAAGCGGCUGAAGUUGGUAUCAACUACAGAAGCAGAGAUGGAAGAACGUUCUUUUCCUAACCAGUAUCCUGACUGGGAGCAGGGACUCGCUGUCUCAAACGCUGGAGCUGAGCUGGACUCUGACGAGCUGCUGGACGCUGAAGGAAAGGUUAAUGCAGCAUUUCUAAGGAAGGUCCAGAGUAAGAUCAAAGAUCUCCUCCAGCAGAUGGAAGAAGGCUUGAAGACUGCCGACCCCCAUGACUUCAGCACUUACACUGGCUGGACAGGCAUUGCCUUAUUGUACCUUCAGCUGCACCGCGUCUCCAGUGAGGCUUCCCACCUGCAGAGGGCAUUGGACUACGUGAAGAGGGCCAUGAGGAUUUUGAAUGGCCGCAAAGUGACUUUUCUGUGUGGCGAUGCAGGACCUCUGGCUGUUGGUGCUGUGGUACACCACAAACUAAACAACAAUACAGAGAGUAAAGACUGUGUGUCCAGUCUACUGGACUAUCAGGUGGUGACGGCCAUCGUGGAAUCAGGAAAGAACAUGUCAGCUGAGGAGAAGAAGACGGAUCGCUGCCCUCUCCUCUAUGAAUGGCAUAAGAAGCAGUAUGUUGGUGCUGCCCAUGGUCUUACUGGCAUCUUUUACAUUCUGAUGCAGCCCGGAGCCAGGCUCCACUCAACCAUGCUGGUGGAGCUGGUCCGCCCCAGCAUUGACUACGUCCGCCACAAGAGGUUUCGAUCCGGGAACUUCCCAUCGUCGCUAAGCAACGAGAGUGACCGGCUGGUACACUGGUGUCACGGAGCUCCGGGUGUCAUCCACAUGCUCAUUAUGGCCUACAAGAUGUUCAAAGAGGAGAAAUACCUGAAGGAUGCAGUAGACUGUGCUGAGGUCAUCUGGCAGCGGGGCUUGCUAAGGAAAGGCUACGGUAUCUGCCAUGGGACCGCUGGCAAUGGCUAUGCCUUCUUAACCCUAUAUAAGCUCACACAGGAGAAAAAGUAUAUGUAUCGAGCAUGCAAGUUUGCUGAGUGGUGCUUGGACUAUGGGACUCAUGGCUGUCGCAUCCCAGACAGACCAUACUCUUUGUUUGAAGGUAUGGCAGGAACCAUCCACUAUCUGUCAGAGAUGGCCAACCCUGAAGCCUCCAGCUUCCCUGCCUUUGAGCUUUAACCCUCCAACUGAUGAGGCUGAGGAUCGGGGGGACAGCAGGAGAUGGGGAUGGCGUGAUCAGGGAGGUGUCAGUAUUUGGACAACUUUGUUGUUGCUUUGGACAGAACAGUCCUGCUGGCAGCUGAAUUUCAGUGAAAUCAGUUUGUUUCUGGUUUUAACAGCAUGAUGAAUGUUGUUGCUUAGGAGGAGGCAGGGGUUUCGGGGGGAGGAAAGGGUAUAGAAGGUGGGUUUCCUGUUACAGAUUAUUAUUCUGUGGAUCAGCAACAGGAAGGAUUCUGAAAACCUGUAUGUCGCUCUUCCCUUUCAUCCGGUGGUGUUUUGGACUCCAUGAAGAACCUUCUCACUCAGAACGAUUCAUUGUCAUCUGACAGAGCCUUCUCCACCCCAUCCCACCUCUCCCCCAUCGCACAGAGAAUGAGGUGUGAUACUGUUCUGGUGUUAAAAUGUCUCUGCAUGUUCAUUAUUGCAGCACUUGGUGUCUCAUGUUCUGUUUGUAGUGUUUAAAAGGAUCCAUUCAGUUCUCCAUGUGUGUCAAAAUGUGCUAAAGUGUCAUCUUUGAUUUCAUAAUUGUAAACAAUAUAUGUGGAUUGAAGAAUCAAUGCGAGUGCUUUUUCCUGUGCAUGCUGCUCUGAUCCUGCGGUGGGAACUAGUUCCCCAUCAUGCCAGGCUGAAGAGUGGCUGGAUAUCAUUUGAAGCUUUUUCUUGUUUGGUAUGUCUGCAGCCUGACUGCACCUCGGUGGUGUUUCAAUGUAAGCUGCUGUUGCAGCUCUGACACAGUGUUUAAUGUCACACAGCUGGGAGGAACUUCAGAAUGCUCCAAUAUCUGCCUCAUAUCAAUAUGCUUCUGAAAAACAAAACAUGUCGUUAUUUCAGGGCAGACUCCAGUUUUCCUUGAGGUCUGACCAAUUCCAAUUUAGUCAGAUUCAGAUAUUUUUCCUAAGGACUAUAAUGCAAAAAAAGAAGACAAAAGUAUGGAACAUGACAAAGAUGAAUGAAUUAGAUUAUGCAGUAGUUAUUAUGCUCUGCUUUAUCAUUGUUAUUUAACAAAAAGUGCAUCAAAUUCCUUGCUGAUGGGGUUAUGGAAUGACAAUGUGAGGAUAUCUUAUUUUUAAUGAAUACAUGUCCAAUCAUAAAUAAAGUUGGUUAGGAAAAAUA